UCAGGAAUUUCAAUGCAUGAAGUGCUACCACGAAUUUUUGUUGGAGGUCUUCCUGAUAUAGAACCUGCUGAAUUGGAAAAGAAUGAUAUAAGAACAGUUCUGACAGUCAUGGAUAUAGAUACCUUUACAAAAGGACCCAAUAUAUCUUAUCAUUGGGUUCAAAUGUUAGACAUGCCUCAAGAGAAUAUAAAGAAGAUGUUUCCUACCUUUAUCAGAAUCAUCUCAGAAUCCAUCUUGCAAGGAAAUAUUUUGGUUCAUUGUCAAGUAGGCAUGUCUCGCAGUGUGACAGCAAUAAUCAGCUACAUGGUUGCCAUUCUAGGAUUCACUGUAGAGCAGUCUCUUAAAUUUAUUCGUGAAAGAAGGCCAUGGGCCUGUCCAAAUAAUGGUUUCAUGGAUCAACUGUUAGAAUUACAGAAAGAUGUAACAAGCGGACGAUGGAGUUGUGACGAAUACCAAACAACAGCUGUAUUUCAUCACGAGUUAAUCAAAGAGCAACAACAAUCCAAUCUAACAGCUUAUGCAUCUGCUGAAGCUGCACUCCAAGAAAAGAUCAAGGAAAAAUUGAUGUCUAGAGAAUGUAACACAAAUGUUCAACAGAAAGAAAGCUGUUACAAAUGCAAGAAAUGCCGAAAACUUUUGUUCGGUGACCAAGAUCUUGAGGCACAUCAAAAAGGGACUUCAUUGUCUGCUGUCUAUGGGGCAAAAGGUGUAGAUGCCAACUUAAAGAGAUGCACCUCUUUUUUCUUAAACCCAGAUUUACCCUGGCUACCAAAACCUGAGGGAGUUGUUGGUGGUAAAAUAAACUGUGAUAAGUGUGCUGCUAAAAUAGGUAACUUUAGCUGGACAGCGACACAGUGUAGCUGUGGAAUCUGGAUAACACCAGCCUUUCAAGUACACAAAUCAAAAGUAGAUAAGGUAUAGCAUGCGACAAAUUUGUAAUAAAAGCUUGCUUUUUUAAUCAUAGAGUUUUUAUCUGUGUUAUGUGAUAUAAUCUGCAAUUUGAAAUUGAACUUUAAAAAGCUAAAUAUUGAAAUAUUUCAAUCAAUCAAUUCAUGAUGCAUAAUUUUGCAUAAUUUUAUUAUACCCUCAAAAUGUGACCAGUUAUGUGUCUGUUAAUAUUAAAGUAUCUGUGGUACAAUAAAACACAAAAAGUGUAAACGAAUGUGAAAAUGAAAGCAACUUUU